AAAACCAUAAAAAUUAUCUAAACCGGUUUAGGAACUGGACCGAUCAUAAAUCUGAAGAAGAAAAAUGCAGGGAGCCCGCAAAAGAAAGCAAACCCACCCACAACCCUCUGCUAAAUCACCAAAAUCCACCGUGAAUAGCGGCUGCGCCGCCGCCGCCGCCGCCGUUGAAAACCCAUAUCCAGAUUACCCGCGGCCCACCGCCGAAGAAUGUUGCUCCGUACGAGACGAUCUAUUGUCCCUCCACGGUUUCCCACAAGAGUUCGUCAAAUACCGAAAUCAAAGAUCGAAAAAAAAAUCAAAAUCCGCCGAUUUCGGAGAAGAUGAUGAUGAGAGAGAAAGUGUUUUGGACGGACUGGUGAAAACCAUACUUUCACAGAAUACGACAGAGCUUAAUUCUGAAAGAGCUUUUGCUUCUCUCAAAAGUGCUUUUCCUAUUUGGAAUGAUGAUUUUUACAUAUCUUGGAAAUGUAAAUAGCCUGCCCCGAAUUCUAUAUGUCUCAACGUGUUCGGUGUUCGUGCUACAUUUCAAUCUUCCUCAAAUUUCGGAACUAGACGUGAUUCUUGAACGGUAGAAAACAUUCGAUGGAUUGUUGAAAAGGGUUGAGCUUCACUUGU